AUGACCUACGAUGCCACGAUUCCCCUGAGACUUGUUUUGCAUCGGGCCGAGGAAUUGGCGCGAAGGUGUGACAAGCCAGUGCUGUUGGUUUAUGUCAUCGAUCCUCGUUAUUUCGAAACUUCACCCUUUGGAGUGCCACGGACUGGCGCUUUCAGAGCACAAUUUCUACUGGAGUCACUGGUGGAUUUGAAAAAAAACUUGAAAGAUCUGCAGUCGGACCUCCUCCCCCGUUCCGGUCGAGCCGAAGAGGUGUUUCCCGAGCUGCUCCCAAGGGGCUCGGUGCUCAUCACACAGCAAGAGGUGACCCGCGAUGAGUUGCGCGUCGAUGAUGCGCUGCGCAGAAACUUGGAGGAGCAAGGCGUCUCCUGGGAGUAUUGCUGGGGUUUGACCUUGUUUCACAAGGAGGACUUGCCGUUUCAAGGCGACUUGAGCAACAUGCCAGAUGUCUUCACCCCCUUCAAGAAUGCUGUCGCGCCGGAACUGAAAUGCGCCUGCAACCAGAUACCUGCGCCUUAUUCGGAGGAGAUCAAGAAAACGGAGACCGGACUGAGAAUCCGACCGUGCUUUCCUGCCCCAGCCCGAGGGGCACUACCUUUACCCAAGUCGAUUGAAUUUGGUGAUCUGCCUACGGCCUUGGACCUGCCCUGCGAGACAAGUCGCGCCGUCGCUGGGUGGCCCGGGGGCGAAGGUGCGGCGCUGCGGAGAUUGGAGGACUACAUGGCGGGACCCAUCGAGACCUAUGCGGAAACCAAGAACAACAUGCUGGACCCAUUCGCCUCCACCAAACUCGCCCCCUGGCUUUCGAAUGGAUGUCUCUCCGUCCGUCGGGUCUUUGAAGCUCUGCGGCGUGUGGAAAGUACGCGUGGUGCUUCAGCAUCGACCUAUUGGUUGACCUUUGCCUUGUUGGUCCGUGAUUUCUUUCGCUUCAUGGCCUGUAAGCACGGCAGCAAGAUCUUCCUGGAAGGCGGCCUCAACGGCAAGCGGAUUCAGUGGACAGGUGGCGACCACGAGUUUCGUCUCUGGAGCACCGGUCAGACAGGUUAUCCAUUGGUGGAUGCCAACAUGCGCGAGCUACGAAGCACUGGCUGGAUGUCGAACCGUGGACGUCAAAACGUGGCUUCCUUCCUGGUUCUGGACUUGCAUGUGGACUGGCGCCGUGGCGCCGAUUGGUUUGAGAGUUAUCUCCUCGACUACGAUGUCGCCUCUAACUGGACCAACUGGGUCUUUGCCGCUGGUCUCAACGGUCGCGUCAAUCGCUUCAACGUGGUGAAACAGUCCAAGCAGUAUGAUCCGGAUGGUGAUUACUUGAGACAUUGGCUCCCGGAACUGCAACAUUUGUCCAUCGACCACAUCCACGAACCCUGGCGCUCCACGGAAGCUCUGAACUAUCCAGCACCCUGCGUGGCUCCGGAGCGCUUUGCGGAGAGAAAAGUCAGUCACAACGGCCAUGGCCGUGCCGGCUGCAGAAGUGGUGCUAUAGGUGAAGAUUGA